UGGUGAUGGAAUUUUGUGUGAUGGUAAGAACGGAAUUAGAAUAGUAAUUAUUACAGCAGUCUUAAUACCUAGAAACCAGAUAUCAAUAAUUCAAAACUUCAUAUAUACACAAUUUGUUUUAGAUGUGAAUGAAUGUGAAACAGAAUCACCAUGUAACACCAGUGCAACAUGCAACAACACAGAAGGAUCUUAUACAUGUACUUGUGAUGACGGAUACAGUGGUGAUGGAAUUUUGUGUGAUGGUAAGAACGGAAUUAGGAUAGUAAUUAUUAUAGCAAUCUUAAUACCUAGAAACCAGAUAUCAAUAAUUCAAAACUUCAUAUAUACACAAUUUGUUUUAGAUGUGAAUGAAUGUGAAACAGAAUCACCAUGUAACACCAGUGCAACAUGUAACAACACAGAAGGAUCUUAUAUAUGUACUUGUAAUGACGGAUACAGUGGUGAUGGAAUUUUGUGUGAUGGUAAGAACGGAAUUAGAAUAGUAAUUAUUACAGCAGUCUUAAUACCUAGAAACCAGAUAUCAAUAAUUCAAAACUUCAUAUAUACAAAAUUUGUUUUAGAUGUGAAUGAAUGUGAAACAGAAUCACCAUGUAACACCAGUGCAACAUGCAACAACACAGAAGGAUCUUAUACAUGUACUUGUGAUGACGGAUACAGUGGUGAUGGAAUUUUGUGUGAUGGUAAGAACGGAAUUAGAAUAGUAAUUAUUAUAGUAAUCAUAAUACCUAGAAACCAGAUAUCAAUAAUUCAAAACUUCAUAUAUACAAAAUUUGUUUUAGAUGUGAAUGAAUGUGAAACAGAAUCACCAUGUAACACCAGUGCAACAUGUAACAACACAGAAGGAUCUUAUAUAUGUACUUGUCAUGACGGAUACAGUGGUGAUGGCAUUUUGUGUGAUGGUAAGAACGGAAUCAGAUGGUAAUUAUUAUAGCAAUCUUAAUACCUAGAAACCAGAUAUCAAUAAUUCAAAACUUCAUAUAUACAACAUUUGUUUUAGAUGUGAAUGAAUGUGAAACAGAAUCACCAUGUAACACCAGUGCAACAUGUAACAACACAGAAGGAUCUUAUAUAUGUACUUGUAAUGACGGAUACAGUGGUGAUGGGAUUUUGUGUGAUGGUAAGAACGGAAUUAGAAUAGUAAUUAUUAUAGUAAUCAUAAUAACUAGAAACCAGAUAUCAAUAAUUCAAAAGUGCAUACAAUAGAUUUUCAUGUGAUGGUUCGAAAAGAAUUGAAAUAGUAGUUAUGAUAACUGUCAGGAUAGCUAGAAACCAGAAAUAGAUAAUUCAAUUCAUUUCAUUUAAAUUUCUGUUAUGCGUGAAUGAGAAUCACAUUGUCAUGCUAAUGCAAAAUGUAAUAACGUGCAAGGAUCUUAUAUUUGCACGUGUGAUUCUAGGUUCAGUGGUGACGGCGUCAGUUGUAAUGGUAUACUUUCAUGACGCAUAAAAAGAACUAGUGUGCCGCGUCGUACAGUAUGUUAGUGGGAAGUAUUGUAGGAAAUUUAUAUGGAAACAAUUUUAAAAAAAGGUCUGUUCCUAUUUUAUCAUUUCCAGAUGUUAAUGAUUGCCUACCCGAAUCGCCAUGUGAUGUGAAUGCAACAUGUAAUAACACAGAAGGAUCUUACAUCUGUACAUGUGAUUCUGGAUAUAGUGGUGAUGGAUUUUCCUGUGGCGGUACGCGAUAUAAUUUGUUAAAUAUUGUAUGACUACGUAUUCAUUUAGCAAUAGUUGUUACAGGAAUUUACACCUUUGUUUUUCAUCUGCACUCUAUUUAUAGAAGUAGACGAAUGUUCACCUGUUUCCCCCUGUGAUGGUAACGCAACGUGCAAUAAUACAGAAGGAUCUUACACUUGUACAUGUGAUUCUGGAUACAGUGGUGAUGGAUUUUCGUGUGAUGGUACGCGAUGUAAUUUAUUAGUGUUGUAUGAUUGCGUAAUCUAUUAGAAAUAAUUGUUUCAGGAAUUUACAUCUUGGUUUUCCAUCUGCACUCUAUCUAUAGAAGUAGACGAAUGUUCACCUGUUUCCCCCUGUGAUGGUAAUGCAACAUGCAAUAAUAAAGAUUAAAUAAUCAUCAGAUAAAAAGUAAAAUAAUAAUUCAGUAAACUAGAUUUACUGCUAUGUAAUUGUCCUGAGACUAUUGAGAAAGUAACCACAACACCAGCUGACGAAUGCGGUUUUCCAUCAGAUCAUUAUACCAUAGAUUUUAUAAUCAGACUUAAAUUUUAACGCACUAAGCCUGUUAAAGGCCAAGUCUUCAAUUAUUACCAGGCAGAUUUCGAAAGCUUGCGCCGCGCCUUCUCCCGCAUCCCGUAUGAAAAUAUUUACUCCUUUGAUAACGUUGAUGAUCGUUGAUCUUGCUGGAAAACAUUAUUUAUAACUGCAGUGCGUGAACAUUUUCCUACCAAAUUUAUUAAAGGUAUUAACACUCCGCCUUGGAUAGAUCAGGAAGUCCGCCAUCUACUACGUUAGAUAGUUGUCCAACAGAUCAAAAUAUGAAAUGAAUAUUCAUAAUCAAUUUUUUUUGUAUGGUAUGGUAACAGUUUAGUAUGGUGGCCGCGAGCUGCCAGUUGAAGUUUCCCAAAUACUUUGUAAAUUUUGUUUCUUCUUCAAUUUAUUUUUUUGUUUCUAAAAAAUAAAUUAAAUUAAAAAACAACUGCUGUGACCAAAAAUUGCUACUUGCCCUAUCGCUGCUAACUAAUUUUCAGGCCAUCUAAAGAAAACGCGCCCCAUUCACAAAUAUGGCGGACCGCGGGAGUUGGAAAGAAGAUAUUCAAAACCUGAAUCCGGGGCGAAAGUCUUGAAAAUGGCCCCGCCAUAAAACGGCAGUGUCGACAUAGUUCUAACUUCCGAAAAGGAAAAGCGAUAGCCUUUUAUGGGUGGUCAUUGGAUACUUUUAGGGUGGUCAUUGGAAGGAAAAGUUUGUCUAAGUAAUUUUACAAGAAAUGACCAUGCACCACCCCAGGUAAAUUGCGAAUUAUGCAUAAAAUAACUAAUACACAGCAAAAAAUCAAUUUCUUAAGAAAAAUUAUUUUCUUAAUUUAAGAAAAUAUUUUCUUAAAAUGAGAAACUUAUUUCUUAAGAAAACUUCUUUUCUUAAAUUAAGAAAAUGUUUUCUCAAAAUGAGAAAAUCAUUUCUUAAGAAAAAAAUUAUUCUUAAUUUAAGAAAACUGUUUUCCUAAAAUGAGAAAAUUAUUUCUCAAGAAAAAUUACUUCUUGAUUUAAGAUAACUGUUCUCUUAAAAUGAGAAAAUUAUUUCUUAAAAAAUAUUGGUAGAAAUCAAAUUUUCUUAUUUCCUAAAAAAAUUAUCAUGGGUGAAAAACUAUGCUUAAUUUAGUAUAAUUAUUGUUGAUUUCGUAAGGAUUGUCAUUAAUUGUUUUCCUUAAAUUUAAUACAUUUCAUUUCACUUACCCCUUACGAAAACACGAUUUCAGCCAAUCGUUUCAGUCGUGUUUGCUUUUUAUCGCCGAAUCAGGCAAGUAUCAUCCAGUUGUUGUACAUUUUACAUACUCAUAAAUUGCGGAAUAAGAUUGCAAAGAAGUUUUCAUCAAGUUUGGAAACAGUGCAGUGUGUUUUAUCUUCGAAAUUGUGCCCUUCGAUAUAUGUUUUGUGAAAUAUGGCGCCAUUGCAAUGGCUCGCAAUUUCUCUGGCCGAUAAAUGCCACUUCUUUGCCUUCCUAUGUAUUUAGGUUACAGUAUCCAAGAGUACUUCUGUGUAGAAUAGUCCCAAUCGAAAAAUUGGAAACAUUAGUUGCAUUUAAAAGGAUAAAACCUCCCAUAACAGUUGUUCAGUAACAAUCCAAAAGAAAUAAUUUAAAAGCCACGCGCGAGUUCGCAAAAACUCGUCGUGGGCUACAUGACAGAGAGGGGUUAAUAUUUUCACGAAACGUUUGUUCGCCACCACAGCAACCUAACUAAAUACACUAUAUUAUUUUAUGGUAUUUUUAUGAUUGAUGAUAAAAAUUCGCAAAUAUUUAUUGUUUUUAUCAUCAAUCAUAAAAAUACAAUAAAUAUAGUGUAUUUAGUUAGGUUGCUGUGGUGGCGAACAAACAUUUCGUGAAAAUAUUGACACACCCCUGUCAUGUAGGCCACCAGGAGUUUUCGCGAACUUCCGCGUGACUUUAAAAUUACUUCAUCGAAUGAGGUAACCUGUGAAGUUUUGAUAGCCCAUAAGCUUGUCGUGGCCGUCCAUUGAGUGAACCAAAUUUGGACCUUUUGAAGUAAAAUUACCUGUCUUUCGCUGUUUAUUAAUGCCAACUGGGCCACGGGCCUUUAAACCUUCUGUCUUAUUUUUUUGUGCAUUGCACGAUAGCCUAAUAGCUUGCCAGGACCUUCAAAUUCCUUUUGUAUCGCAUCUCUCACAUCAUCAACUGGUACGUUACUCUGGUUAUAGUGUAUAUUUAACAAUUAUACCAUGAGCUCGAGUCGUACAUGAGCUGAUAGCCGACGAGGUGCGUAGCACCGAGUCGGCGAUCAGCCAUAUACGACGAGAGCGAAUGGUAUAAUUGUUUUAUAAUAUAGUCUAAUAGCCAUUAACUGAAGCAAUAAUUAUCCUCUGUUACAAUGUCUUGACAAUUUGUUCGGCCAAAAACCGCUUGGCCUUGAAAAUUUGAAAUGCUUUUAUUUUAAAACUCGAAGACAAAGUGAAAGAUUAAUGGUUUUAGAACCGGUAUAUCUCACAGAAAUGCUCAGGUAUAUUAUACAGAUGUUUGGUAGUAUAGUAGGUGCUUGUUGACUGCAAAUUCAUUUGUCUUUCGUUGCAAACUUUUCUGAACAAUUUAUAUUUCCAAUGAACAUGUUUUUUUCGCUGUUGUUUCGGUAUUCUUUAAAAAACGUUUAUUUAAACUAAUUUCUAUGUAAUAAAUGUAUUUUGAUAACCUGUCAAAUUUUUUAGAGGGUUUUUCUUGUACUAUUAUCUUUCUCAAAGCGAAUAUUUUUCUUUUUUCUGCUUCGCAAAACUCAUGUAGUUUUUGGACCGCCAUCUUGUUUUUCGGUACUCGCCGUAUAUGAGCUGAUAUACGGCGAAUAAUUCAACCAAUCAGAUUGCGGAACAGCUCAUAUACAGUGAAUGACUGUAUUAUAAAUAUAUAUAUAUAUAUAUAUAUAUAUAUAUAUAUAUAUAUAUAUAUAUAUAUAUAUAUAUAUAUAUAUAUAUAUAUAUAUAUAUAUAUAUAUAUAUAUAUAUAUAUAUAUUUAACAGUUAUUCUACGAACUCGAGUCGAAUAUGAGCUGAUAGCCGAUGAGGCGCGUAGCGCCGAAUCGGCUAUUGCUCAUAUUCGACGAGAGUGAGUGGAAUAACUGUUUUAUUAUAUACACAAGGCCUGAAUUCACAGACUUUGCUUUUCGGGUAUUUUCAAUAUUUAUCUGUUUUGUUUAUGUUUGUAUCUUCGCUCUUUCGGCCGAUUAUUUUUUCAAAAAUAUAUUUUUUAACCAUUUUAAAUUUUAAAAAUUCAUUUGCUAACCUGUAAACAAUUUGUGGGAGUUUUUUCAUUGUGUUUUUAAUCCUGAAAGGGCUAUAAAAAGCGAACAACUUGCCGUUUUCUCGUUCGCAAAACAUUGGAAAUUCAAUUUUAGCCGCCAUUUUGUUUUUCUCUACUAGUAGGAUAUGAGCUAAUAUCCUGCUAGUAGAGAACCAAUCAGAUUGCAGAAUACCUCAUAUCCAGACCUUGUGUAUAUAAUAAAUAUAUAUAUAUAUAUAUAUAUAUAUAUAUAUAUAUAUAUAUAUAUAUAUAUAUAUAUAUAUAUAUUAAGAUGAAAAUGUUCUAGAGUGUGUAUUAUAUAAUUUCCAUACCCAGCGCAAGCAGAAAGAUGUUGUCUGCCGCGGCUGGGUCUCGAACCCGCAACCUUCGAAUUACUAGAUCGACGCUCUACCUACUGAGCUACACGGUCAGACGGAUUUAAGACUGGAAAUUAUGAAAUAUAUACUGAAUGUCAUAAACAUACUCGUUUAUAUUAAUUCAGCAUCGAACAAUACUAGUUCUGCAAGUGUUAUGUUAGUUGUGUAAUUGUACACUCUGUAAUAUGUUAAGAUGAAAAUGUUCUAGAGUGUGUAUUAUAUAAUUUCCAUACCCAGCGCAAGCAGAAAUAUGUUGUCUGCCGCGGCUGGGUCUCGAACCCGCGACCUUCGAGUUACUAGAUCGACGCUCUACCUACUGAGCUACAGUAUAUACAAAUAUAUAUAUAUACAAAUAAAUAAAUCGGUUCUCGUAGGAUAUGAGGAAUUAUUAAGGCCUCGGUUUGUGUUAUCUGAAUCCGGCUUCGGUAGAUAACACAAACCUCUGCCUUAAUAAUUCCUCAUAUCCUACUCGACCUCAUUCAAUAAUUGUUUAAUAUCAUCAUGCUUCUUUCAAUUCAGGAAAAUGAUACACGAGAACUGCUGGCGACUGUAAGUGAAGUGACUUUGGAUAAUGCCUUCCUUCGUGAACAGGUUUUCAUUCGGGAUGAACAAGUACUGAGACUAUCUAGACAAGUACAAGAGUUGCAGGUUAGUUCACGUGAAGGUGCAGAGUGUUGUUUAUCCAACUAAUUAAGACAGCGAUAGUAUUAAUGGGGUAUAACUGGCACCCACAGGGGUAAACGUUUUACGAUCACAGCUAGUACAAAGGCAACCUCGUACCCAGGAUCUUUCUUUGGGAAAGAUCCUGGCUGCGGCUGGUCACGUGCCUCAUCAAAAAUUUAGCGACGGAGGGGGGA